AUGGAACUUCGUAACAUAAGAUUCAUUCAAAUAUUUGCCGCAAGAUCUCAUGCUCAUUUGCAAGCCGUAUUUAACGAGUAUUCAACUUUGAGCAAAAAAGGCAUAGAAGGCGCUUUAAAGUCUGAACUGAGUGGCUGUAUACUUGAAGCUUUACUUGCUAUCGUUUCGUGUGUAAAUAAUCGACCAUUGUUUUUCGCUGAAAAACUCAAAUAUGCUAUGAAAGGAGCUGGAACGGAUGAUAGAACGCUUAUUCGUAUUAUCGUUUCACGUUGUGAAGUUGACAUGACUGCGAUUAAACAUGAAUUUCAUCAACUGACUGGAAAGUCACUAGAAUCAUGGGUUGAGGGUGACACAAGUGGAGAUUACCGUCGAUUAUUAUUAGCCCUUAUUAGUGGUUAACUUUCGGUUGAAUAACACUCGAGCAAAAAGUUUCACUUCUACUCAUUAUGAUUCUUAUAUUUCUUUUUUUCAACUACAAAUGUUCAAUUUUCAGUUUCCAUAUUCAGCGCGCCAAAUCGCUUUUAAAUUUCCCUUUCCCUUCUUCUUCUUAAUCCAAAAACGUAUUUACAUCAAACAGACAAAUAUACACAUAAUUGUAAUCCUGUUCAACCAGUACACUACACUACACUGCAUUAUACCUACGCAUAUACGAAUACGCUUGUGUAAGUGUAUUUACUACCUUCUACACAGAAAUCGAUCAAUUUUGUACUGAUUACAUGUUGUCCAGGUGGGCAAUCAAGGUCACAAACAUGCAAUGAAUAAACCUUGUUUUCCUUUGUUGUCAAUCCUCUUUUCUACCCCUUACCCCGGUCACUAUUUCUUUUCUCGUUUUACACUCUUUCUACUUUCUUUAUUUUCACCAUUUCUGUAAUACUAUUUCAAUUCAUUCAUUCAAUAUAAUAAUAAUAAUUAUAAUAAUAGUAAUAAUAAAAAUGGCAGUAAAUCAAUAAAACGAGGCACACAAUGUUCUUUUUUCUUGUAUUCAAUGUUUUGUUGUUUUCGUAAUAUGAACGCAAACACUCUACGUUUAUUAUGCCAUCAAUAAAAACC